AAUCGUUAUUGAUAACAAUGUAUAUAGUAUGAAUAUGUUUAUCUGUUGGGUAUUUAAGUCUCAGACAUUGUGAAUCCCUCGACUAAAGUGCCAUUGUUAGCCAUGAAGUUUAUUACUAGUUUAUUGCUGCUGCUGGCAGCAGCCACUUGUCUGUUCCAAUUUACGGCAGCUGGUGUUACGGGUGUGCCUGCGGAUUUGUUGGAGAAUUUAAAAAUAUCAGAUGAUUUGCCAGAAGUUCCUGUAGAGUUGGAUCCUGAAGUUCCUGCGGUUGUGGAGGAUGAAAUAUUUGAACGUAAUAUUUAUGCUGAGGUUUUACCCUCAUCACCAGUUGAGCAGGACAAUAUUUUGGCUGAAGGACGUGCUGCUGAGUGUAGCAUUAAUAUACGCUCUGGUUUAAGUUCUCCACAACCUGUUUUCCUGGAGACCGAUUCUGCAAACUUCUAUCCCUACUCCGAUACUGGUUAUAUGCAAGUGGAUUCGGGCAAAACCAUGCAAAUGUUCUGCCCUGGACAAUUUAAAUCCUUUGCGAAGACACUUAUAACCGCCACCUGUGUUAGUGGCACUACUUUUAAGGUCGAUGGCUCUAGCUAUAGUUUUUCGGAAUUGGUUUGCAAAUCUUGGCCCAGUUUUGUGGCCAAGAAAACUGGCAGCUCUUGCAAUGGUGGUAUUUUGAUUAAAGUGGGUUUUGAGGUCUCUUCCUCACGUUUUGCCGAACAAAUGCAAGUGUGCUUUAAUGAAGAGGAAGAAGUUACCCGUUAUGUUUAUCACACACUCCACCCGGGCAGCAAUUAUUAUCAGACUGGUGUGGAUCGUAUUACCUUCCAAACUGCUGGCUUUUUUGGUGGUAAAAAUGUAGACAAACUUUAUACUCAGGUUACACAACAGGAAACCAUUAAUGCUGAAUUGGGUGGUGAUGCCAGUAAAUAUUUUGACAAUUCCAAAAAUGUUUAUUUAGCUCGUGGUCAUAUGGGCGCCAAGGCUGAUUUUGUGUAUGGUACCCAACAACGUGCCACUUUCCUGUUCAUUAAUGCGGCUCCCCAGUGGCAAGUUUUUAAUGCCGGUAAUUGGGCUCGUGUAGAGGACGGUGUUCGUGCCUGGGUGUCCAAAAAUAAAAUCAAUGUCCAAUGCUAUACCGGUGUUUAUGGUGUCACCUCUUUACCCAACAAAGAGGGACGUGAGACUCCUCUUUAUUUGUCCCAUGAUGCCAAUAAUAAUGGUUUGAUCCCUGUACCCAAACUAUACUUCCGUGUGGUUAUACAGCCAGCCACCAAAAAGGGUAUUGUUUUCGUCGGAGUCAACAAUCCCCAUUUGACUUUGGAACAAAUCAAAAAGGACUAUAUUAUUUGUAAUGAUGUCAGUGAUAAGGUUAACUAUAUUAGCUGGAAGAAAACUGAUAUCACUGCUGGUUAUUCUUAUGCCUGUGAAGUUUCCGAUUUCCUAAAGACUGUCAAAACUUUGCCAAAUCUUUCAGCCCCGGGAGGUUUAUUAGUUUAAAAAGUUAAAGAAAAGACUGGUUUCCCAUUAAUGACACGAAAAACGUACAACGCAAUAAAUAAUGUCUUUUAGAAAUUUGGAAUAUUUAUUUUAAUAUCUUAUCUUAUAAUAAGCAAAAAAAAGUAUUAUGAAUGAUAGAUUAUACUGAACAGGCUGAAGUGUAAAACGUGUUAUAAGUUGAAGAGAUUAAAAAUUUUUAAAAUUUUUUAAAGUAAAAAAUUUAAAACUGAA